UAUCAGAGAGCAUCUCCCAAAUUCUACCUAUAUCUCGAUAAGGAACAGAUUAUAUGUAUGUCCUGUCAAAGCACAUGUAUGAUAGGCUUGUAUGCAUAUUUUUCAGCAUAUAAAAGCAGGUUUGAAGCCCCAGGAGUUCUCUAAAGUAGUUGAGAGUGGUGGCUCCAAGCACGGCAACUGAAAACUUGGGGAUAAAGAGCCACCCCCUAGUCAGUGGAAUCAAAGCCCAAGGCUAGGUGGUUACAAACAGCUGGAACCAGAUAAAAAUAUACAAUAUCUUUGUCAUCCCCAAGAAUCCUGUCCUUGAAAGGCUUUGAGGAAAAAGCAAAAAAAGCUCUUAUUUUAACACUUUAUUUUUUUAUAUUUUUGUGUGUCUAUGGAUCCAAAAUAUUCACUCUCUCGAAGUGUGCUCUUUUUUUUAAUUGGUCUGUUAUGUUGAACUGGUUGGUUAUUGGCAUGGCAUCUGUGAUCAGUGAGCUUUACUUGAGAGCUUUGGUCUUAGGGUUCUGGCUACUUGUCUCUUCACUUGGAUAGAACUUGCUGAGUUGUGAAACUACAUCUCCAGAUGCUUCUGGGUACCGUUGCAGUGUAAAUGGAUCAGAGGAUCAAUGUGGCACGUUUGCAGUGAUCCGAACUAAUUCAUACUACUCAUCUCUUUCCAACUUGAGCUUUUAUUUAGGCCUCAAUCGGUUUAAAAUUGCUGAAGCUAAUGGUUUCUCUGCACAAACAGAGUUUCUGCCAAGAGAUCAGCCUUUGUUGGUGCCAAUUGAUUGUAAAUGCAACAAUGGUUUCUUCCAGGCUGGUUUAACAAAAACUACAAUCAAAGGCGAGAGCUUUUAUGGUAUUGUUGAGUCAUUGGAAGGCUUGACAACCUGCAAAGCCAUCCGAGAGAAGAAUCCUGGAGUCUCACCAUGGGGUUUUGGUGACAAAGUCCGGUUACUGAUACCAUUAAGAUGCGCAUGUCCAUCUGCAUUUGCAUCUGAAGGCACUUAGAAAGCAAGGCACCUACUUUCUUAUCUAGUAACUCAAGGUGAUACAAUUUCUAACUUGGCUAUUGCAUUCAAUACAACUUCAGAAGCUAUAAUAUCUGAAAAUAACAGAUCCUUAGGGGCCUUCAAACUUGAAAGUUUAAUACCUCUUACAUCUCUUCUCAUUCCACUCAAUGGUGAUCCUCUUCUUGGUUCACUAGCAAAACCUAGUGAGCCUAAUCUGCAUUUUCCAGAAACCAGCAUCCCAAUAAUUAAAACGCACAAGAAAAAGUCAAGGAUGUGGAAAGUCGGAGUGUAUAUUGCAUUAAGUGGGGUUGUAGUUGGAGCUAUCAUUGCUGUUGCAGCAACCUUCUUGGUGAUCCAAUUGAAGCGAAAGAAGAAGCAAAAUUGUAGAAAAGAUGUAGAUGUGGAACUGCAGCAGCUUAGUUUAAGCGAAAGAACUGCAAGUGAGAAGAAAGUCUUUUUUGAGGGAUCUGAGGAUGCUUUAGAUGGUAAGAUCAUUGACAGUAGCACUCCCUGUAAGGCGCUGAUGGAGAUGUACACCAUAGAGGGGCUGAGAAAAGCUACAGAGGACUUCAAUUCGAGUAAUCAGAUCGAGGGAAGUGUGUAUCAUGGUCGUCUCAAUGGGAAAAACUUAGCAAUAAGGCACACAAGAACAGAAAAUAUUUCGAAGGUUGAGCUUAGAUUCUUUAAUGAUGCAACUCACCAGCACCCAAACAUAAUUAAACUGCUGGGAACUUGUGUGACUGAGGUCUCUAAUUCGUUUUUGGUCUUCGAAUAUGCUAAAAAUGGCUCCUUGAAGGAUUGGUUACAUGGUGGAUUGGCAAUGAAAAACCAGUUCAUAGCCUCCUGUUAUUGCUUUUUGACAUGGAAGCAGAGGCUGAGGAUCAGUCUUGAUGUAGCAGUUGCUUUACAAUAUAUGCACCAGAUAAUGAAUCCAAGCUAUGUUCAUAGGAAUGUCAAGAGCAGAAAUAUCUUCUUGGAAGAAGAUUUCAAUGCAAAGAUUGGGAACUUUGGCAUGGCAAGGUGUGUUGAAGAUGAUACAGAGUAUCCUGAUCUUUCAACUAAUCCUGCUAGUUGGAGCCUGGGUUACCUGGCUCCUGAAUAUCUUCACCAAGGUGUGAUUUCCCCAAGUAUUGACGUUUUUGCUUAUGGGAUAGUUUUGCUUGAGAUUUUAUCCGGGCAAACACCAAUAAGCAGACCUGAUAAGAAGGGAGGAGGGAAUGUUUGGCUUUCAGAGAAAAUCAAGGCCAUAUUGCAGUCAGAGAGCGCAGAGGAGCUAAGGGAAUGGAUGGACAGUGCAUUAGGGGAGAAUUACUCAUUUGAUGAAGCUGUCACAUUGGCAAAUCUUGCUAGAGCUUGCAUAGAAGAAGACCCCUCUCUGAGACCGAGUGCUGGAGAGAUUGUUGAGAAGUUAUCAAGAUUGGUGGAAGAAUCACUGGAAGUGGAACAUAUGUUAAUCUGUGAAAGCUCUUGCAAACCUCUGGUAAAAGCAUCAACGACCAAUCUAUGAAUAAUCAAUUAAGGAUCCAAAAUAGCUACUGUUAGUUCUAAUUUUUGAGCUGUUUCGAAAUGUUCUGCAGUCCUUGGCUCUUAGCCUCUUGUCUAUUGAUAAGGGCAGUGGGAUCCUGUACAUACGUAAUUAAGAAACUAAAUUGGACAAAAAAAAGCAAGUUUCUACUUUGUAUUCUCUAUAAUUCCUGAAAUAAUA